AUGCCAUCACCAUCGGCCCCGCCGCCAACGGCGACGGCGCGAAGUCGAUCCAAGAAACCACUGAGGACAUUCCAUGUCUCGGUGUUCAACCUGGUGCCGUUGCCGCCGCCGACGCAGGACUGGGCGGACCUGCCGCUCGACGCGCUCUUGUGCGUCCUCCACAAGCUGGACACCGUCGAGCUCCUCAUCGGCGGCGUGGCGGGGGUUUGCCGCUCCUGGCGCCGCGCCGCGCGGGAGGAGCCGUCGCUAUGGCGCCGCAUUGACCUGCGCGGCCAGUCUGUGCCCCCCUUCCGCUGGCGCGACAGCUUCAAUAUCAUGAUGCGGGACGCCCUGCGGCUCAGCGCUGGGCAGUGCGAGACCUUCUUCGGCGAGUACCUCCACGACGACACCCUCCUCUACAUCGUCGAGCGGGCACCAUCACUGAAAAGCCUUCACCUCACCAGGUCUUAUCGUCUCUCUGAGAAAGUAUUUCUAAAGGCAAUUAAGAAGCUCCCUCUACUCGAAGAGCUCGAGCUUUCACUAUGCCAAUAUGACAGCAAGGUGCUUGAACUUGUCGCUCAAGAGUGCCCCCGGCUGAAGCACUUUAGACAUGUAUGGAACAGCUACAUUGUAAACCGUAGUAAGUGCAAAGAUGACAAGGUAGCUUUUGCAAUUGCAAAGAUGCACGGGCUACGUUCGUUGCAUCUUAUCGCUGAUUACAUCACCAACACAGGACUGACAGCCAUCAUUGACAACUGCCCCCGCCUAGAGUAUCUUAAUAUCCGGGAUUGCCCCCGUGUCAGGAUGGAUGACAAUCUAGCAAAGAAGUGUGCAUGUAUCAUCAUGGAUGACUGCGAGUACUCUCUACCUCCCAGCCCUGGUGGUAGAUUUUGUUUCUCUCCACGUAAUGUUCCGGAUACCGACACCGAGGGUGACUAUUAUGACGACAACGAAGAUGAUAGCUCUAGUGCUUCGUACUGCCUUCCCGAUGUUUAUGACGCUGAGAGAGUUUUUGAUAACAAGAGCAUGCUUAGGUACACGAUACACCUGAGCAAAUAA